AUGACUCAAGACACAGAAACAAGACCUUUAGACAUUCUCAUUGUUGGAGCAGGCAUUGGUGGUUUAACCGCUGCGCUUGGUCUCCGCCAACAGGGGCAUAAAGUAACAGAAUUUGAAUGGCAAGCUGAGACUUCGCAGGUCACUGAGUACACAGGGGAUGGACACCUGAAAUUUGAUAACAACCUCAAAGGACCACUCUCAGUUUGGGAGCACCCAUGGGUACUUGCGCAUCGUGUCAGUCUCCAUGAGAACCUCAAGAACCAAGCGACUUCCCGCGAGGGCCCCGGAACGCCAGCUAUUCUCAAGACCUCUAGCCCAGUAGUCGAUGUCGACCCUUCAACGGCAACUGUCAAGUUUGAAGAUGGCACUACAGCUUCUGGAGAUUUGGUUCUUGGAGCCGAUGGCGUUAGCUCAAUAACGCGAUCAAUCGUUACCGGCUCAGAUAUCAAACCUUAUGGAUCUGGGAAGAGCGCGUUCCGAUUUAUGAUUCCUCAUUCGGAUAUCCUCAAGAAUGAAAAAACUAGGCCUUUCGCCGAACGCAUAGGCACAAUGACGAUGUGGAUGGGCGAUGACCGCAGACUAGUCAUGUAUCCUUGCUCCAACAAUACGGUUAUGAACUUUGUUGCCAUUCAUCCCAGCAGUAUCACUUCAGGAGCAAACAAAGGAUCAGGUUGGGGUAAUGGUGGAAGCAAGGAGCUCCUUCGCGAAGUUUACAAGGAUUUUGAGCCAAGAGUGCUUGCUCUUCUGGACCUGGUGGAUGUCAGCGAGCUGAAGCUCUGGACCUUGUUGGAUAUGGAUCGUAUUUCAACGUGGCAUAAGGAUCGUCUUGUGCUUCUUGGAGACGCGGCUCAUCCAUUCUUGCCUCAUCAAGGACAAGGUGGUGGUAUCGCCAUCGAGGAUGCAGCAUCACUAGUUGCACUAUUCCCCCUCGGCACAACAGCCAACGACGUUCCCAGCCGUUUGGCUCUGUAUGAGAAGAUCAGAGAUGAGAGAGCUCACACAGUUCAAACUUUCACCAGACAAGCUGGGGAGGAUCUUAACGAGGAGAAGCGGGCCCAGUUCAACAUCUUCAAAUUUCUCAACUACAACUUCGGUCAUGACGAGUGGCACAACACCGAGAAGGCUCUCAGAGAUUAUCUCUGGUCUCAAAAUAAGAACCUGCACUGGAAGUCACCUGUGUCAUUCGGCCCCAUGCCCAGUCCUCGACAAGAUUUCCACGGACAACGAUAUAACGGCAAUGACUCUUCGUUCACUACCUGGUCGGUCCGUUUCAAGUCUUCGGCUCCUUACCUGAAGACUCUCUUCCCCACAGACCGGUUCAGCUUCUACAAGCCCGGUACCGUCGCUGAAGCUACAUAUUCCUGCACAGAGUUGAAGGAUAUGAAGUGGCUUGGCGGUGGCGGUUACAAGUUCUUCGGUCUUUGGAUCCAUGGUGUUCAGUAUGAGAAGAAGGACGGUAGCAAAAUCUAUGGGUCUUUCCUAGCUGUUCUACUAGAGAACUUGGCUGAUCCUAUCGUCACGGGUCGUGAGGAGCUUGGUAUGCCUAAGCUCUUCUGUGAUAUUGAUGUUGUGGAGAAGGGAGCCAACACUAGCAUUCGCUGUAGUUGGCGAGGAGCCGAGUUCGUCGAUAUCACACUCAAGGGUCUAGGAGAGGCCACCAACGGACAUACAAAUGGUGUCAACGGAACAAACGGCCAUCACCCUCCUGCUGGUCCUCCUGGUGCUCCUCCUCUGCCAGAAGAACAAGGACUUUUGCUAUACCGAUAUGUGCCUGCAGUAGGCCAGCCUGGUGUUGCCGAUGCCGCGUAUCCUGUCUUCAUCGAGGAUGGGUUGGAGGCGACGAAGCGACACGUUGAGAAGACGUUGGUUGGAAGUGGGAGUGACCUGGAUCUUACAGCUGGUACAUGGGAUACUUUACCUACGUUGAACCAUAUCGCGACUGGGUUCUCUCAGAUUCCUGUUUAUGGUGUUGUUAAGAGUAAGGUCGAGUAUGGAAGAGGUGUGGAUGAUAUUUCUCAUGCUCGAAGGGUUGACUAG